UUUUUUGCCUAACUGUGCUUGGUUGCUGAGAAAAUUAAACAAGAAUAGUAAAAAAGAGAUAUGAAAGUUGGACACUUAGAUCUUAUAUUAAAUUUGUUCCAGUUCUUGGUCUGAACUCUGAACCUUUUGAAUUAUUUAAAAAACAGGACAAUGACUUUAAAAAUUCUUCUUGGGUUCAAUUGGGGAUUAGUUUGUCUAUAGUUGAAUCAAGAGACAUGGAUGUGAAUGUCCAAAACAUAUAGUUGAAUCAAGAGACAUGGAUGUGAAUGUCCAAAACAUUGACAACAAAUUCUAUGGAACAAUGUGAAGGAUUACUUUAGAAAUUCUAUUGUGUUUAUUCUAUUGGGGAUUAUUUUUCAAACGUUCACAAAUAUCUUCUGCUAUUUUAUUGGUUUUCUAAAGUAAUUUUUGGCACUAAUUGUAAGGGGAAGGAUUCUCUUGCUUUGAACAAUGUGACAACAAAUUUUAGAAGUGGGUAGUUAAUAGUAAUUAAUUAUGGUGGUGGACUACUUAUUUUGGUGGUGGGCUUGAGGAAAGGUACAAGAACAUAAUGUGGAUGCCUAGGCUGACUUGGGCUUGAUUCCCUUGGUGCACUGCAUGUGUCCCCAACUGGACACAUCCACCAAGAGGUGCAACAGACAACCAUUCACUUCGAUUUAUUCCCCAUCCAAGCAAGCCCAUCUCUCUUAUAAGCUCAAGCCUAUGUUUAGCUCAUGAACAUGAAGAUGGGUUAAAGUAUAUAUGAUAUUAUAUGCUUGUUUAUAUGUGUAAAAUGUUUUAAAUAUACUUACGUAGACCACCUGAGAUUGGAUUGUGUAAAUUUAUAAAUAAGUUUAUAAAUGAUUGAAUUAUUGUUAUUAAUUAAUUAAUAAUAUCUUGUAAAUUAUAUAAUAAUAUUUGCUCUAUGUACUGGAAGGAGUCUUUGUGUUUAGACAUCUGUGUGUGUGUGUGUGUGUGUUAUGAGUUGAAUUUUUGCUCUAUUGUCCAAAGAUUGUUUUCAUGGCCAUUGAUUGAACGAUAUCUUUAAAUAAAUACUAUUUUUCGUUAGUUAUGGGAUUGUUUUUUUAAAGAUAGAUUCCUGAGAAAGAGGGGGACAGGUUGGUUCAAGGACAUGUUGGUCAAAGGAAAGAUUGGGGGUCCCUCUGUAAAUCUACUGUUGCUUGCACUACCUGGCCUUGAUUUGGGACCAAGCCUUAGGGAAAUUUGUGCUGCAAACAGGACAGAUGAAAAGCAGCAAAUAAAAGCACUUCUUCAGAGUGUUGGCACUUCCUUUUGCCCUGACUAUUCAGAUUGGUUUGGGGAUGAAGAAGCUGGUGACACCCAUUCAAGAAAUGCGGAUAAAUCUGUUCUUUCAAAAUUUUUACAAUCUCAUCCUGCUGAUUAUUCAACUACCAAAUUGCAGAUUGUCAUACAAGCUGGCUUACUCAAAGAAGGGUUAUGUUCUGUUCAGGAUGAGAGUGCAGGUCAUUUUAUCCUAACUUUAAUUUGGAUGCGAGUCAAAUUAUGGCUUCCACUAAAAAAGGAAGUGGAUUUUCAUAAAUAUAUCUUUUCCUGACAUGUUGUGGUCAAUAUGGUGGAUCUGGUCAAAGUUCUUCCUUAUCCAUUGCAUUUGUACAGUUUUUUUUAUUGUGUUAAAAGAGUAGUUGAUUGGUUGUUGUAAAUUUAAUUAGGAAUUGCACAAUUGUGUUUACAUUA